ACUUGGUGAUAAAAUAUUCAAUAUUAAGUAUAGACUCGUGUAUUCUGUAUAUACAGUUUAUAUACAGUAGAAACUACUAAAGUAUUUGCUAAACUAUUUGUUGGAAGCUUGUUGAAGCAAGAAAGUUGUGGGUUUGGAUCCCAUCACCCCUCUAUGUAUUAUUAUGUUCCUUUCUUCUGAAUGUGGAUUUGCUCCUACUUAAUAUUAUUUCCUAGUAAUCCGGCUGUCACGGCGGUUAGGGGGCGUCCUUCUCACCAGAAACUCUUCAUUCUAUUCGCCCAAACCAUAGGUGUGUCACGGGGGUGUGUGUCUCAUCUCAGCCAGCCCUCUUGUCGGUCGUGUCGUCACGUCCGGCGGGUGUGAACCUCACGGCUCUGCUCUGUAUGGAGGUGGUGGGGGAUUUUUUGACAGCGGCAGCGCUGCUGGGUAACAAACACGAACCUAGGGCUGGAAACGACGAUUUGUCCUUCUCCUCUCUCCCCUCUUCUCUCUCUCCAUCCGGCACUGAACGCUUCUCAUCCAGGCGAAGAUUUCCAGAGAUAUGGCAGCGACGCUUCUUGCUGAUCAUUGCAAGUCCGAUGAGUAAGAGUGCUGGCCGUCUGCACCUCCACCACAAUGGUUGACAUGGAGAGCCACUACCACCCCCCUUCUCCCCUGGAGGACUCGGUGUUGGACAGCCCCCUGUGCACCGGUGACGAGUUCAUGGACGGGAUGGAGGAGCUCCAGGAAAUUUCCCAGUCCAUUGACGAUGAUGCCCUCAGCUCCUUGGAUGUCCCUGAGUACCACUCCUCCAGCAACGGCUCAGAGAGCUCCACCUUCUUAGAUGCCCUGACGCCGGCCUCCAGUCCCUCAUCAGUGGUUUACGGGUUGACGGCAGGUCAGGAGGAGCAGUUGUCCUCGUCUUCGCUCACUUUGGAGUGUCGAGUGUGUGCUGACCGGGCCUCGGGCUACCACUACGGUGUCCAUGCAUGUGAAGGCUGCAAGGGUUUUUUCCGACGGACCAUCCGCCUGAAGCUGGAGUACGACAAGUGUGAGCGCCGCUGCAAGAUUCAAAAGAAGAACCGCAACAAGUGCCAAUACUGCCGCUUCCAGAAGUGCCUCUCAGUGGGCAUGUCCCACAAUGCCAUCCGCUUCGGCCGCAUGCCUCAGUCAGAGAAGCUGAAGUUGAAGGCAGAAAUGGUGACGGGAGACAGAGUGGUUGAAGACCCACAGCUGUCCGACCAGAAAACGCUGGCCCGGCAGAUUUACGAGGCCUACCUCAAGAACUUCAACAUGAACAAGGCCAAGGCUAGAACCAUUCUUACUGGCAAGGCCAGCACCCCUCCAUUCGUCAUCCACGACAUGGAAACGCUGCAGCUGGCAGAGCAGACAGUGUUGGGAAAGAUGGUGGACACUGCUGCUGCACUAAGGGACAGGGAGGCAGAGGUUCGAAUUUUCCACUGCUGCCAGUGCACAUCGGUGGAGACGGUGACAGAACUCACCGAAUUUGCAAAGUCUGUCCCCGGGUUCUCAAACCUGGACCUCAACGAUCAGGUGACUCUUUUAAAAUACGGAGUGCAUGAGGCCAUCUUUGCCAUGCUCGCCUCCUCUAUGAACAAAGACGGGCUUCUGGUAGCGUACGGCUCGGGAUUCAUCACCAGGGAGUUCCUCAAGAGCCUACGGCGUCCGUUUAGUGAGAUGAUGGAGCCAAAGUUCCAGUUUGCCAUGAAGUUUAACUCCCUGGAGCUGGACGACAGUGACCUGGCCCUGUUUGUGGCAGCUAUUAUCUGCUGUGGAGAUCGCCCCGGACUUGUGAACGUGACACACAUUGAACGGCUGCAGGAGAGCAUCAUUCAGGUUCUACAGCUCCAUCUGCUGACCAAUCAUCCCGACAACACUUUCCUUUUCCCUAAAUUGCUGCAGAAACUAGUCGACCUCCGACAACUUGUCACUGAGCAUGCACUACUGGUGCAGGAAAUCAAAAAGACUGAGGACACGUCACUGCACCCGCUGCUGCAGGAGAUCUACAAAGACAUGUACUGAUAGAUGUGGAGGAAUAACCAGGAGAACCACUUAAAGAUGCGUAAUGUGGAAAGAGUUAGUUUGAUCGUCACAAACGGUUCUGCUUUCAGCCUAAGCGUUAGGCUCAAAAGUUAUGGAGGAAAAGUCAAUAUACAGCCGAUUGAGCCCCUUAGUAAAAUCCAGUAUAUGCAACGUCUGACCAAACUGUUUGAUGAAAUAGCUUAAGCUACUGGAAAAGUUUAAAAUAACUUUUUGACUUGUCACCGCCAUCUAACGUUCAAAAAGUAAGGAAAGUUAUAUAACAGUGUGUGGAUUAGAUUUUUAUAGUGAUGUCAAAGAAAAAUCAGCCAUAUACCUCUGUAAUUCAUGACAGCAGCAUUUAAAAAACAAGGAUGACCCAGAGGCAGCUUUUGCCAAAUGAACUGCCGCAAAAAUGAAAGACACCGUUGCAGCCAUGUUUCACAUUUUAUACAGAGACACCACUGCCCCCUCCUGAACAUAUUGUGUAUUUGUACUGUACGUUACAAGACAACAAAGUGGGAAUGGUGUUGUGAAUAAUCCUCAUGGAGUAAGAUCAGUUCAGGCAGUAGUAUUUUUACACUUUAAAAUAAGCUAAAAACCAUGGUCUCCUGGACGGACAUGGCCACAUGAACAAUGUCACUUUUUAUGUGCACAAUUCAAGCACAGACAUGCAUGGGAUAUGAUAAUACUAUGAAGCCAUCUAGUGUAUGACUACCUACCCAAACAUGUGCACAGAUAUUUGUCACUCCAUCCUGAUGUGUCCUGGUAUUCAAGGGCUAAACUGAGUACAAGUUGGGAAAAUUUCUGACUCCUCUUAGUGUCCAACAAGCAUCACUCUUUUUCUCUCAGUUUCCCUUCUGUUUGUCCCUAAGCCAUUGUUGUGUUAUUAGCAUUUUUAAAGAAAACAGAAAUACUCCAUUCAAGGGAUUUUAAAUUCAAAUCAUCAAUUUGUCUGAUGCUGGUAAUCAAACCAUCAACCAGCAGCAAACACAAAUCUGUGAGCACCAAAGCUUCCAUAUUCAGACAUUGCCAUUAUUUCUUCAUAAUUUAACUGGACUUUAUUUCAAAUGCUCAUUCAAACAACAUGGCUAUUGUCAUUGAAUUAAGAAAAAAUAAAUGCACACAGUGCUAUUUUUCCCUGUUGUGGCAAUGGCUGCGCAUACACUGAGGGGCCCCGCCCCUCACUUUGGGAACUGCUGAAUUAAGACAUUGAGUGAAGGUAUUCGUCCAUGGUUAUAAAUGUGGGUAUAGAGUGUGAUAAUGGAUAUAGACCAAAUACAUCGCCACGUGGUGUGAUUCCGUCCCUCGUCUUCAUACCUGGCAACGUCGGAUAUCUGUCCCAGUAAAAACACACUAACUUUUGUACUUUGUAAACGGAAGCU